AUGGCGGGCCUGCUGCUCCGCGGCCUCCGCUCCGGGGCGCGCACGGCCUUCUCCUCCUCUCUCUGCUCUUCUAGAGCUCUCUCUUUUGCCUCCCCCUUCCGUCGCUUCUCCGCCGCCCCUGCCGCGGCAGCGGCGGCGGCGUCGGCGAACGCGUUAGACCCUAGCUGCCUUCGGAACGUGGCCGUCAUCGCUCAUGUCGAUCAUGGAAAGACGACUCUCAUGGACCGCCUCCUCCGCCAGUGCGGCGCUGAUAUUCCGCAUGAACGCGCCAUGGACUCCAUCAGCCUUGAGCGCGAGCGUGGCAUCACCAUCGCCUCCAAGGUUACUUCCAUCUCAUGGAAGAACAGUGAGCUUAACAUGGUCGAUACUCCUGGGCAUGCUGAUUUUGGUGGUGAGGUUGAGCGAGUUGUCGGAAUGGUUGAGGGGGCUAUCUUAGUUGUUGAUGCUGGGGAAGGCCCACUUGCACAAACAAAAUUUGUCCUUGCAAAAGCAUUGAGAUAUGGGCUUCGCCCAAUUCUCCUUUUGAACAAGGUUGAUCGACCAGCAGUAUCUGAGGAGACAUGCAAUGAAGUUGAGAGCUUGGUAUUUGAUCUUUUUGCUAAUCUUGGUGCUACAGAGGAACAACUAGAUUUUCCGGUUCUUUAUGCAUCUGCAAAAGAAGGUUGGGCUUCCUUAACAUUCACAAAAGCUCCACCUGAUGAUGCAAGAAACAUGUCAGCUUUGCUUGAUGCCAUCAUAAAACACGUACCUCCUCCAUCUGCAAGCCUUGAUGCUCCUCUUCAAAUGCUGGUUUCUAUGAUGGAGCGUGACUUUUACCUUGGGCGAAUUUUGACAGGACGUAUAUCGUCAGGAAUUAUUCAUGUUGGAGAUAAGAUACAUGCUCUGCGUAACACAGAAAAUGGGUUUGAGAAAAUUGAAGAAGGAAAGGUGACAAAACUUAUGAAAAAGAAGGGGACAAAUAUGGUCAUGAUUGAUAGUGCAGGUGCUGGUGAUAUAAUUUCAUUGGCUGGAUUAGCAAUGCCAUCAAUUGGUCACACUGUUGCGAAUGUUGAGGUUAUGGCUGCACUGCCGACUGUUGAGUUAGAUCCCCCUACAAUUUCCAUGACCUUUGGUGUCAAUGAUUCUCCAUUGGCUGGGCGUGAUGGAACUCAUUUGACUGGGGGGAAGAUAGGUGAUCGACUAAUGGCAGAAGCUGAAACAAAUCUUGCUAUCAAUGUGCUUCCUGGACCACUAUCAGAUUCAUAUGAAGUUCAAGGGAGGGGCGAGCUCCAGUUAGGUAUCUUAAUUGAAAACAUGAGACGUGAGGGUUUUGAACUUUCUGUUUCACCUCCGAGAGUAAUGUAUAAAAUUGAGAAGGGUGAAAAACUGGAGCCUAUUGAAGAAGUGACGAUUGAGGUGAAUGAAGAGCAUGUGGGUCUUGUCAUGGAAGCCCUUUCGCAUAGAAAGGCUGAAGUCACUGACAUGGGUCCUGUUCCGGGGAGUAUUGGCAGGACAAGGAUGUCUUUGACCUGCCCCUCAAGAGGCCUAGUUGGAUAUAGAAGUGUUUUCAGUAGUGAUACACGUGGGACCGGAUUUAUGCACCGGGCUUUCUUAAUGUAUGCAAAGCAUCGAGGUUCUCUUGGAAACGUUAGAAAAGGUGUACUGAUAUCAGUAGGGCAUGGUCUUAUCACUGCACAUGCACUCAUGAGCUUAGAAGCUCGUGGGACACUAUUUGUGGCGCCAGGGAUGGAGACAUAUGAUGGCAUGAUUGUUGGUGAACACUCUCGCGAUUCUGAUCUUGAUGUCAAUCCUGUAAGAACCAAGGAACUGACAAACAUUCGUGCUCCUGGUAAAGAUGAGAAUGUGCGCCUAUCUCCUCCUCGAUUGAUGUCCCUAGAAGAGGCCAUUGGAUAUGUUGCUUCAGAUGAACUUAUUGAGGUUACCCCUAAAGCUGUGAGGUUGAGAAAACGGUACCUUGACGUUAAUAAAAGGAAGAUGAUGAGAAACAGGCCUAAAGAGUAAAAACUCACUGCCGGGUCAGUUUUGUAGUCUUUUACCAAUGAAACAAGCAAGCAUCGAUAGAUCGGUUCUAUUUUAUUAUUGUUUUUUUAUUAUUAAAAAUUUUCAUACAAGAGGAGUAUCUAUAAUGGCACCAUGUGACACAAAAUGUAGCAAUAUUGUGCGACGUAAUCAACAAGAGCUGCAAUUAUUUUCUAGUUGAUAUUUAUCGAGGCAUUAUAAAAGGAAAGGGAGUAAUAAUAAGUUACAUGAUAUCUCUGUAUCACGUUUAAGUGAAGGACUCUAAAUCAGAGGCUAUUUGUUUUGAAUGUUUAUUGAUCUUGCAACCUUUUGCUGUUCUUGAUAGUUGAUGCUUUUUGACCAA